AUGUUUCGAUUGGAUAAUUUGUUGGAGUAUAAUAUAUGGGCCGUAUGGACUGGUGUCGGCUCUGUUGAGGUCUUCUGUUUCUCUGUCAACGAGCCUGAAGAAAUAGAAAGGUGGGAAGAGGUCGAAGAGGUCGAAGUAUCGAAGGGGAGUGAAGAAGGAGAAGGAGAGGAAGGGAGGAAAGAAGAGUCAGAAAUUGGGUUAACUACAGAGGAAGAUGAUGAACCGGAUGAAAGGGAAGAGGAGGAUGAACUCUUCGUCAAAGGGGAAACAGUCGCUGAGAGCUCACUAGAUGGAGAUAGGGUGGACGAGCUCCUCGAUGAAGAAUCGACGGAAACAGAUUUUGAAGAGACAGCUGUUGAAGGCUCACUAAUUGAUGACGGCAAUGUGCUGAUUGAGCUCGACGAUGCGCUCACAGAGGAAGGCGACACAACGACAGAUGGGGGUGAUACGACAACGGAGGAAGGCGAUACUGUGGCGGACGACGGGGUCACCUCGACAGACGACGGAGGCGCUGCGGCUGAGGUGGGCGGAGCAGCCGUGGUGGUGGGAGCGGCAGUAGUGGCCGCAACUGUGGUAGUGGGAGCAGCCGCAGUGGUGGGUGUGGUAGCGGCAGAAGUGGGAGCAGCGGCAGAAGUGGGAGGGGCAGCUGCAGAGGUCGGCGGCGCCUGGACGGUCGUCGCUGCUGACAUGACCCCUUCGAUGGCUGGAGCUGAGACCGUAGGACUCACUGGCACUUGGGUCUUCCUAUCUACCCACAACAUCAACAACUUCUGGUUUUGCUCCUUACAGCAUUGUUCGCCUUUCUUUUCAGCGCUUCCUACCCCUCUCAGCAUCACAAAAUCUCGACGCCUCCCUAUCGCCUUCGUAAAAUAUGACAAUUAUGCCCCAAUAACUCAAAAACGAAUACACUCUUGA